CAGGUGGGGCAAGCUCUUAGCUGUUUCUCCUUCUUGCAUUCCUACCUAGAAACAGAGUCUACACCUCUUCUGCAUCCAUGCCCCCCAAACUGGUAAUGUCUUCUCCUUCAUUUUCUUUCUUGUUUGGUGCAUUUUCACUUCCUAAACCACAACUUAAUUAUAUGUAACCGGCAUCGCUCUCUACGUGUUCCUUUGGUUGCUCGAUUAUUAAUAGUAGUUAGAAUCUAGCCGGCAAUCGGGUCAGUUCAAGUGAUAAGGACCAUUUGUUCCUUUGGUGACACCAAAGUCACGAGUUCGAUUUCUCAUUAAGACAUUAUGUCGGUGAAUUAUCAGAGGUGCUUUUGGAUUUGGUGUUGCACCAUAGUGACUAAAGUAGCACGAUGGUUGGCUGGAGUUUUCGAGUUAUGAAAAAAAAAAAAAAAAAAAAUAGUAAUUAGAUUCAUUGUUAUAUUGUUUGGGAUGUUGACAAAGUGCUUGAAUUCGGAGUUAAAGAAAAAAAAAAUUUUUUUCGUAAAAUUUUUUACUCUUAAAUUGGGGAUGAAUUUAACUUUUUUGAUUUGUUGGAGUUUUCAUGGUAUUUUUUUUUUAAGCUAAAUGACCAAAAAAAAAAAAAAAAACACAUAAGAAGAAGUAAUAAAGUGUUUAUUGUGUUUACCUUGGGUUAUAUUUGAAAAUUAAUUUAAUAAUAAGUUGUCUAAGUUGAUCUUGAAUUUGAUAGAUUUUAUUAUUAAACCUUUGCCCCCCUUUUUUUUUUUUAUUAAAAACAAAUCCCUUGACAAAAAUGGAUUAUUAUUCUUGAAAAAUUUUUAAUUAUAUUUUGCACAGUAUUAGUGAAAUUAAUGUUUGGAUAUUAGGAAUUUUUGAAUAUUAUUUAGUUUAAAUAAUAUUUUAUUUAAAUGUAUACAAAUUCAAAUAAAAAAUCUAAAUUCUAGAUUUAUAAAGAUAAAAUUAAAAAAUAUUUGACAACAAAAGCAUUGAAUUUUCAUUAAUGAUGCAAUCUAAUUAUAUUCUAAAAAUAAAAAGAAACUACAUAAAUUGAGGGUAAAAAUUGUUUCAUUUAUUUCUAAGAUGGUGAACAAUAUAAAUUGUUUUCCUUUAACACAACCCUUCCACGUGCCCUAAAGGUAAAGAUAUAAAUUGCAAAAUUUUCUAAUAUAAGAAUCAAGGUAAACAUGAUCGUAAAUAAAUAAAUAAAUAAAUAUUGGCUGUCAAAUUAUUUAAUUAAAGUAUAAAAUAAAAAAUCAUUAAUAUAUAUAUAUAUAUAUAUAUAUUAUAAAAAUGUAAAAGUGCAUUUACCCCUUUGGGCUGCACGCAACUAUAUGAUUAUUGAGCGCUGAUAUUUCUCAUUCAAGCUUUCUUGUCCACGCUUUCCACUUUCCACUUUCCACAGAACCCUGUGACAUAAAACAAAAAGGAACAGGCAGGCACCAGAACUCUCUCUCAUCGAAGAAGAAGAAGAAGAAGAAGAAGAGAAGAAUGCUGCUCAGAAGCGCUUCGACUCCGGUGCUCGGAUCCCUCCUCCCAUCCUUCUCAGACGGCACUCCAAACAACAAUCCUCACCAUGAGACCCCCAAUCUUUAUCAAAAUCACUGCAAACUCUCAUUUUACCAAACUGGGUCUCUGAAUCUCAGCUCAGUCUCCUGCAAUUCCUCUCCCAUCUCUCCCUCCGUCGCUGAUUCCCGUUCGGGUUUUCGAAGAGUUCAAUCUGACGGGAACUUAGAGGGAUUGGCCGCUGCUUCUUGCAAUAAUUUUGAUGAAUCCGGCUGUGUAAAGCUGCCUCCGAAACAUUCACGACGAUCCUCUUGUCCUGUUUUGCAGACCAUUCCAUCUUUCUCGUUUUAUGGUUCGAAGUGUAGGAGCGAAGAUGAUGUAGAAGAAGAAGAAGAAGAAGAAGACGGUGUUGAAGAAAUCCUAGAUAGAGAAGACGUUGAGAAACGCGGUGGGAUUUUGGACGGUUCUGUUGAAGGAGGAAAGAGGUUUAUGGCUACGGGAAGCAGCGAAUUCGGUCCGGGGAAGGAAAAAAUGGGUUUGGUUGAGGAUAUUCAAUUUGGGAAUGCGAAUUUUGGAGGAGGUGGAGGAGCAGGAGAAAUGGUUGGUCCGCAGAUGUAUCUUGCUAAAGGGCUUGGCGUUAGUGGCGGCGGCUAUGGCGGCGGCGGCGGCGGCGGAGGUUCUAGGUCGCGAGACUUAGGCAGGGACGGUGGUGAUGGUGAUGGCGAUGGCUCGGGCAUUGAGGAGUACUAUAAGAGGACGGUGGAGGAGAACCCUGGCAACCCUUUGUUCCUGAGAAACUAUGCUCAAUUCCUGUAUCAUUCCAAGAAAGACCUUCAUGUAGCUGAAGAAUACUACUCUCGUGCCAUUCUAGCAGAUCCUAAAGAUGGUGAAAUCCUCGCACAGUAUGCUAAAUUAAUUUGGGAGCGCCAUGGCGAUAAAGAUAGAACUUCAAGCUAUUUCCAACAAGCAGUUCAAGCUGAUCCUGAAGACAGCCAUGUUCUUGCCGCUUAUGCUAGCUUCCUUUGGGAAACUGAGGAAGAUCAGGGUGAAGAUGUUGGCCUAGAAGAUCUUGAUGCUGCGCCACCAUUUCACCACAAAGGAACCAUGGUUUCUGCAAGUGCAGGCGCUUAAUUCUGACAUUCUCUGCUAAGAGGUACAAGGGUCUGUAAAUGUGAAGCCUGCUACCCAAAAAAAAUAUGUAGUUAAGUUCAGAGAGAGAGAGAGAGAGAGAGAGAGAGAGAGAGGGAGAGAGAGUACCUUGAUACGCGCGUACAUUAUGUCAAAUUUGCUAUUUUAUGGUUCGUCA